AUGGUGCCUGGAAUAGACUCCAGUAGUCCCCUUUACCUUCAUCCUUCAGAUGGAACAAACUCCAUCACGGUAGAGAAACUGGAAGGAGCCUCUAAUUACAGGUCUUGGAAAAGAUCUCUUGAAAUUAGUCUUGCAUCUAAAAGAAAACUGGGGUUUGUUACUGGAAGUGUAAAGAGAGAUGCAGCUGACUUAGUAAAGCAAGAAGCAUGGGAUACAUGCAAUAGCAUGGUAAUAUCAUGGUUAAUAGGGAAUGUGAGUGAACCUAUUAAAAAAUCUGUAAUGUUCUUGAAUACUGCUGCAGCCAUUUGGAUGCAGUUAGAACAUAGAUUUUUAGUGAGUAAUGGGUCUAGGAAGUAUAGUCUCAGUAAAGAGCUAUAUGAAACCAAACAGGAAGGGAAAAGUGUAACUGAGUAUUACACUGAAAUGAGAAGCAGAUGGGAGGAGCUUGAGCAGUUAAACUCUCUUCCACCAAUUACCACUAUGACAGAAGAUAUAAAUGCAUUCAUCUCAGCCUUGAACCUUUAG